AUUCGAUUGACAGAGCGCACAGCAUGACCAGGCCUACUUACUUCCAGGUCUGUGAUUUUGAAAUAGUCAAACCGAAAAACCAAUUGUUCCAUGUUCAUCUCAUCUGCAACAUCCAUUGAGCAACCCGUUACACGUUGGUCAUCACUAGAGGGCAGCAUCAUCUACUAUGUCUUUCAUCACAGUACUUCCAACACUGCGAGAGUACUCAUCAACCUAUGUCCUGCUGGGAGCUCUUGGGGUCUAUGUUGCUUAUUACUACACGAAAGUUGUGCAGAAACCUCAGGUAUUUGGUAAGGAUGGUAAGUUUAUGCAGUUCAUCCAACGACACAUUCCGAUGUUGAGGGAGCCCUUCAGGCCAACCAUGUGGUGCUUUACCUACCACUUACAGACCAUUGGUCCUAUACUGAUGAAAUUCUUCAACUCCUUGCAGUACAGAAGUGAGAAGAUAUUAUUGGCAGAUGGUGGGGAGAUAGUUCUAGAUUGGAUGGAUAAUGACGAAGAUAACAGAUACAGCAAUGCAACCAGACCAACAGUUCUUUUACUUCCAGGUUUAACAGGAUCAAGUCAAAGUCACUAUGCUGUCAAUAUGAUUAAAGCAGCAAAGAAACAUGGAUAUCGAUGUGUUGUCUUCAACAACCGAGGUUUUGGAGGGGCUGAGAUUAAGACUCCAAGAACGUUCUGUGCUGCAAACACAGAAGAUCUUGAGUUUGUGAUUAAACGUAUCCAUAGUUCCCACCCAGAUGCACCUGUCAUAGCUGUAGGAGUCUCUAUUGGUGGCAUAAUUUUGUUCAACUACCUGGCUAAAGUUGGUGAGGACACCCCAUUAGUUGCUGCCAUGACGAUUUCUGUGGCCUGGAAUACCAUGCUGUCAACAGAAUCCCUAGAGAAACCAGUCAAUUUUAUCCUAUUCAAUCGGUUCCUUGCCAAGGAACUCACCAAUGUUCUGGCCAGAAAUGUCCAGAUGUUUGAAGGACAUGUCGACAUCGAUCAUGCCAUGCAGUCGCAAACCAUCAAGGAGUUUGAUGAGCGAUUCACUUCCAAAAUGUUUGGCUAUGAGACAGUGGACCAUUACUACAAGGAUGCAUCAAUACAUACCAAGGUUCAUCAUAUUGGGAUACCAACGCUGUGCCUCAGUGCAGGGGAUGAUCCAUUCGCCCCAUUAGAAACGAUACCCAUAAGUGAUGCCAAAGAGCAGAGUAACAUUGCCGUGGUGGUGACAUCUCAUGGCGGCCAUGUUGGGUUCACAGAGGGUUUCUUUCCACGAGGUAACGGUUACAUGAUUAGGCUGUUUGAACAGUUUGUAGACGGAUUCUUCCAGCACGGAAUGACGGAAGUUCUAUCCAAGACUGACUAGGCUUUUGAAAGGAUCUCAGGGUGCGAGUUGAACUUCAAGCCAGCAGAGAUCUUACACAGCUAGACACGUGGCAUUGUAGAGGGAAAAGAAGUGGGUGGGGCCAGAGUUGCGUCCAAAAGGGGUGUGUGGGUAUCUUUGGGACACCCUGUUAGCCCAUAGUGGAUAUUUGAUUGAUUUGAAAGCACUUUAGCAACAAUUCGAGGAAAUUUAGGUCAUUCAAUUGCCAAAUGCUGUGUAAAGACUUGGUUGGGAGUAUAGCUUCCGUCUACAAAUGGACUUGGUCGGGAGUAUAGCUUCCGUCUACAAAUGGACUUGGUCGGGAGUAUAGCUUCCGUCUACAAAUGGACUUGGUCGGGAGUAUAGCUUCCGUCUACAAAUGGACUUGGACGGGAGUAUAGCUUCUGUCUACAAAUGCCAGUCAAGCUCUUUGUGUGUGGUGCUGGUUUAGAUGAGUUAGAUGCUUAGUUAGAUGAAGUUACGUGAAUCACUUCUACAAAAAUUGUUGAAACUGUACCUCCCAAGAUUUGUCAUUUGGUUUUGUAAUCAAUUUGCUUUUAGUCUGAAAAGAAUUUAUAAGAAGUGCACUUUUUUGUAUUGAGGUAAGAGCUGGUGUGUGAAAUGAGAGUAUUUUAGUUUUUAAACUUGUGUGAGUUCAUAAUAAUUCAAACUAUAACUAGUACUAAAUAUUUUGGGGUAUAUUGUAAAUUUUUCUAAAUUGUAUUUUGUUUGUGCAAUGUAGAAAAUUAUUUUAUGACAAGAUUUAUACUGGCAGGGAAAUAUACCUGGACUGCCUCGUAGUAUGCAAGCUGUCAGGUUUGCAUACCACAGUUUUAUACUGGCAGGGAAAUAUACCUGGACUGCCUCGUUGUAUGCAAGCUGUCAGGUUUGCAUACCACAGUUUUAUACUGGCAAGGAAAUAUACCUGGACUGCCUCGUAGUAUGCAAGCUGUCAGGUUUGCAUGCCACAGUUUCUCACAGUACACUGCAGACUGAAAGAUUUAUUCAAAUUAUACCACAGCUGUGCACAGGCUGUAAAAUUAAUGGUACUCUUCCUGAAGAAACCACAUCUCCAUUUACCCUGCCUUUAGGAUAAACUAUACAGUUACUAAUUACAUCAAUUGUAUUAUGCGAUUUCAUUAUUUUCAGAAAGCCAGUAAAGCUUGCUUAAUUAACAAUGUAAUAGGAUGUUGACAACUUGAAUAUGUGCAUGUGGCAGAGCUAUAUACAUGUAAUUUACAUUGCAAUGACUUUCGAGCUUCUUCAUUGUGGUAAAAGGAAAUAUAUUUACAUUUAGGAUUUUAUGCACUUAGAUAUUUCAAUAUUCAUGAACCAAAGCAUGAUCUCAUUAAAGAAACAACAGGUGUGUCACACUUUUCUAUAUUUUCUUGCACUGAGUUCCACCGUAUACUUUGUUUUCAUGUUGAAUUGCUUGUUUGGAUGUUGCAGGGUUCCUGCACCUAAAGGACAAUUAAAUUCCAUGACUUUUCCAUGACCAAAUUAUGAAAAUCCAUGACCCAAGGAUUGCAAUUUUUUGAACUCCUCGGAUUUUUAAAGUUGCAAAUAAAAUCACGCAUUUUAUGCACUUAUUUCUGAUAAUAGACAUCACACAGCGUUUGAAAAAUUCCGUGACUUUUCCAGGCUGUCGGAACCCAGAUAUUAGUAGUGGCCAAUAUUCCUUCCAAACGUUGGUGGGUGAUAUUAAAGGGUUGAUGUUUGUAGUGUUUUGAUGCUUGUAUGACAUCGAACUAGCUCCCAGGUUCAGUCUUUGAUGACAAUAUUUUCUAAUUGAAAAUUAAAAAAAACCUUUUCACUUCCAAUGAAAUCACAUAUUUAGAUAUUGUUCAUAUUGUUGUAACACAGUAAAAUGCAGGAAAAAAGUUGAGUUGAAUAUCCACUGCAUAGUAUCUUUUAAACACUUAUAUUAUGAAGUGGUGUAAUAUAACCAUUAAAAGUGAAGUGUUUAAUUAUUCAACUGUACUCCCAAAGAAAUUUAAUCCAUUAAAAUCAGACUGUGUAGAGGGAAAACCA